UCAGAAUAUACUAACUGCAGGUUGAUCCUUACAGACAGAAUGUUUCAUGUUCUUAUAGUCUGCAUGGUGCUGUGUUCGCGUUUCAUAACAGUGACUAGUUCUGAUCCAGUCUGUUUGCUCCCUGCCUCACCAGGGUGGUGCCAGGGGGACGCUAACGUAACCACUCGCUGGUACUGGAACAUGUUCGCCCGAACGUGUUUCGGUUUCCCGUACCUGGGUUGUGGAGGAAACAGUAACAACUUUAAGACUAAAGACGACUGUUUGAGAACGUGCACUACCACCAAGUCGUAGUGCCGACUGUACAGAAGAAUAUGGUGCAUUAUCCAACAUGUUGUAUUUAGUGUCACAGGGAUAAUAUAAUGCGUAACAUGGUUGUAAUACAGCAUGGUUAAUUAA